AUGCCUCGAGUCGAGAGCAAGUCGCACACCUCUUUGCACCAAAUCUCUCCCUACCCUACACAUUAUCUUUCCGAGUCGACUUCCAGCGCUGCACCGUCAUCAACCACUUCGAGCUCUACUGCUGACGCUACCUCCAACAAAUCACGAUCUGCCUCCUCUGGCACAACUACCUCCCCUCCACCGAAGAAAAAACACGUUUGCCCGACUUGUGAACGCGCAUUUACCACCAGUGGCCACCUCGCUCGUCACACCCGCAUCCACACCGGUGAACGGAACCACAAAUGUCCGUUCCCUGGCUGUGAGACGAGAUGCUCCCGCCAAGACAACCUUCAACAACACUACCGUAUCCACCUUUCCCCAGGGUCGCGACGGGCUGCUACUCGUUCGCGAGCCAAGGGUGGCUCCAAGGUGAAGGCAGCCUCAGUUGAACGGCCAAAAUCCCCAUCUCCUGUAUCGAAGCCAUCGACGCCGCCUGUGCAGAGUCUCCACCCGUCUCCUCCACUCACUCCUCCCACCCUAGAGACCUCGCGGCUCUACCCAUCUGCUCUCACUCCUCCCGAUUCCCCUCCUCCCCUUGCCCAAGCGACACUGCCAGCCACUGCGCAGCUCCACCACGAAACAACGUCACGAUACUCGUCUGCGUCAUCAUCUCCUCACACACCCUACUCGUCUUACAGCCAUGGCUUGUCUGCAACCACAGACUCGUCCGGUCUCGCUGAUAACCAGUACGGCUAUCCUCCCACUACGGCUACGACGUAUCAAGACCAAUCGUCGUCCCUGCACUUCGGCUACGUCAACACAGCGCCUCCUAGCGUUUGCCACACCCCUGUAAACAAUGGACCCCCGUCGUUCUCAGCUUAUCCUAGCCCUCACCAGGACUACGUAUCGCAGCCCGCCCUCUCGAGCUCCUUGCAGCACCUACAGUCUCGAGAUCCCUCCCCAGUUACCUUCUCUUCCCGACAUUCGUUCUCCUCCAACUCAUCGCACGGGUACCCCUACUCGGUGACAGGUACUAUCACCCCACCGUCGCCUGCUUCGACGCACUCUAUCGCGUCGUAUCCUUCUGGCCCAUCGACCCCGACCUACCCCGCCUACAACGACAACCAGGUCUACCCUUCGUCGCUCGCCCCUGCUCAUGACCGUUAUUCCCGACGCGACGAUCGCUCACAGCCAUACAUCCAUCACCCUCAACCCUUGACUUCCGAUUACUCUUAUCACCCAUCACUCGGUAUGGGUCAGGGUGUCUGGAAAUCAGACACGAUGCGCACUAGCCUUGGCAUCGUUCAGUAA